AUGGCGACGGGCUCCGCCCAGGACCAGGCCGAUACUGCUCUUCUUCAUGGCAAUGUUGCCGUUUCGGGCGGCGAGGGAGGCGGUGGCGGUACGAGGAUUGCGGUCGAGGCGGGAGGUGGAGGAAGAGAGACGAAAGCAGACGAGCUCGUGAGGAACCCUAGCGAUGGUGGUGGUGGUGGUCGCACUGCUGCUUCCGCCGCUGGCCCUCCCGUCGACGAUUGCUGCCCGAUCUGCUUCGGCGACUUCUCCGUCGCCUGUAAAGCGAACUGCGGCCAUUGGUAUUGCGGAGGGUGCAUUCUCCAAUUCUGGAACUACUCAGCAGCAGCAAGACCAUGCAAAUGCCCAAUGUGCUCGUCCAGCAUCACUAAGUUGACGCCAGAGGCAUCGUUACUCAAUCAACCAGAGCAGGGAGUUAAAGAGGUUUUGCGGGAUGUUGAGAGGUACAAUCGCCUGUAUGUUGGAGGAGCACGUGGCCUCGUUCAGAAAGUGCGGGAAUCACCGUUAUUCUUCAAGCGAAUUGUUAUGCGGAUGAUGGAUCCUGAUAGACCAGAGUACUUCCUUCAGGAAGCUCGCCUCUUAGCUAUGAUAAUGAGCAUUGUCUAUGCGUUCUCUCCCUUCGACUUCAUUCCAACAGGUGGGGCAGGAGUGGUGAGGCUGUUUGAUCACGCAGCCAUCAUAAUCGUUCUCGGCCUUCGACUGAUUGGACUUUACCGCCGACGAAGGCUUCAUCAACGUGUUAGGCAUAUGGCUGCCGCCCAACCUCUAGGUGAAUAA